UUUUGUUUCUAUUAAAAUAACAAUAUUCACGCAUGGAGCUGACAGAUUUGCAUUUUUGCCACAAAUUACAGAAAAAGUUGCAUUAUGUCGCUGUAAAAUUCAGAAAUACGACAGUUUACGUUGCACCUGAAGGCAUCACAGCAGCAGAGGUCGUCGCUGCUGUUUUUGAACGCAACUUGUCACAUAUUUAUUCAACACAACAGACCAACUGCUUCCUGACGGGAGAGAAGAGCUCCGAGCUAAAGUCUUGUUGCAGGAUGACGAGCCUGCAGCUGGGCGCGGAGGACGAGGUGGUGGAGAGGUUUCUGGACGCUGCAGCCAGAGGAGACGUGUCCCAGGUGUCCACGCUGCUGUCCAACGUCCCCUCACUCAUCAACCGGACGGGGUACAGCGGCUGGACGGCGCUGAUGCUCGCCGCUCGCAACGGACACUACGGCGUGGUGGAGACGCUGCUGGCACACGGCUGUGAUAAGUUCUCGGUGAACAGCUCGUCUCAGACCGCCCUCGACGUCGCCAAGUUCUGGGGCCACAGACACAUCUGGGACCUGCUGGGCCAGCCGGGCGGUGGCUGCCAGCGCGUGCUGCCAGGCCUCGACCUCCAGCAGCCCGAGAACUACUUCAGCAGAGAGAUGCUGGACCGGCUGAGCACCAAGAGGACGGACGAGGCGUGGUUGCAGCAGAAACAGGCUGAGCCACGAACCGUCUACCUGCUGUUCUCCAACAUCUGCCCCAUGGUCAGCGGCGCCCCGGAGGACAACUGCGCAGGGGGUGAGACCAGGCUGUGUCGGUUCAGAUAUGAGGCGCUUAAAGACCUUCUGCAGAAGCCUGAGACUGUGCUUGUCUUUCUGGGAGUAGAGAAGAGGAAACAACCCUCUCAGACAGUGGAUGGUGUCCAGGAGCCUCCUGCUUGGUUCGCCAUCAACGCAGAUGAAGACGCUGCCAAACUUCUUAAACGCUGCGGAGAAAAGAACUGUAGCUUCGUAAAGAGUCCCAACAGAGACCUGCUGAAACUCAGCGAGGAGGAGGCUGGAGUUGUGGCUCAGGGCCGGUCGGUGUUGGCCUGGCACAGCCGCUACAGCUUCUGUCCGACGUGUGGCAGCAGGACCAAGCUGGAGGAGGGAGGAUACAAGAGGAGCUGCCUGAACUCUGACUGCAGGAGCCUGAAGGGGGUUCACAACACCUGCUACCCACGAGUCGACCCAGUGGUCAUCAUGCUGGUGAUCCACCCUGAUGGAAACCAGUGUUUACUGGGAAGAAAGAAAAUCUUUCCAGCUCGCAUGUUCUCCUGUCUGGCUGGAUUCAUAGAGCCUGGAGAGACAAUGGAGGAGGCGGUGAGGAGGGAGACGGAGGAGGAGAGCGGCGUGAAGGUCGGACCCGUUCAGUACGUCUCCUGCCAGCCGUGGCCGAUGCCCUCCAACCUCAUGAUCGGCUGCGUCGCAGUCGCCAUUUCCACCGACAUUAAAGUGGAUGAAAACGAGAUUGAGGAAGCUCGGUGGUUCUCACGGCAACAGGUGAUUGAUUCGUUCAGAGGAACCCGUCCAGCCUUCACCUUCCCUCCCAGACAGACUAUCGCCCACCAGCUGAUCAGACACUGGAUCGGCAUGAACUCGAACCUCUAACCUCCGACAGAACCUCCCAGCCAGUGUCGUCAAACCGACGGAAAACCAGCAGCCGUCUAAACAGUUGCUGUUUUGUUUCGACAAACCAGCUGCCAGUUCCACAGAGUUUCCAGAUUAUCAGAUUGCUCAGGACACGGUGCUUCACUGUGGAUUGUCUCUAUGGUUCAAUUCAAAUCAUUCAAAUGAAGUGGAGUGGUGCAGCCUGCAGGUAAAGACAGAGACACACCUGUAUUCUCUCUGACUUGAAACAGCCACUCCAGAUCUCAGGUUUGAACCCUCACCUGCACUGUGACAAUGGAUCAAGUGAAAAGGUGCAAACAUCAGGAAGAAAUGCAGAAAAUGUACAAUGUGCGAAGUUAGACACAAACAGUUUUGCUCUGAUAUUAAACUACCACGACUGUAACGCAAUCUAAUUCUGAUACAUGAUGCACAAUACAUUUCUAAAAAUGUAAAUAAACUGCUGAACAUAACAAA